AUGUCUGCUUUAAAAGUCUUGGUUGUCGGCGGCGGUGUUGCAGGUCCGGCUGUGACCUACUGGCUCUCACGCAUCGGUGCUCACGUUACUCUCAUUGAGCGAUCUGACAAGAUGCGAGCGUCAGGCCAGCAGGUGGACCUUCGCGGCAAGGGCGUACCGAUGAUGAAGAAGAUGGGCAUGGAAGCCGCUGUGAUGGCGGCCUGUGUGAAAGAACCUGGCAUGCAGUUGAUUGACCGCAACGGCCGGACUCAAGCAUUCUUUCCCGUCGCCAAGAGUGGCUCUGGGAAACAGAGCAUCACAUCAGAGUACGAGAUUAUGAGAGGCGAUCUGGUAAAGAUUCUCUACGGACUUACAGACGGCCAUGAAAACGUGCGACAUCUAUACAAUACUACCAUCAAAAGCUUUACUCAAGACGGCGGAGAUGGCCCUGACAGCAAGGUUCAUGUCAGCUUUGAGGAUGGUCGUGAAGAAGAUUUCGAUCUUGUUAUCGCUGCAGAUGGAACCGGUUCAAAAACACGCAAAAUGAUGCUUGGUGCAGAUGCUCCAGACCCACGACGUGACUGUGGAGGUCAUAUCGGAUACUUCAGCGUCCCAUCCAAUCCGGGAGAUUCCGACAGAGGAACCUUCUGCCACUUGCCGGGGGGGCGAAUUGUUGGAACAAGGAAAGAUAUCCCAGAGCUUACACGGGUAUACAUGAUCCUGCGUGGGAAGAGGCCUGCCCUUGAUGCAGCAAUCAGCUCUGGAAACCCACAAGAGCUGAAGAAAGCUCUGGCCGACAUCUAUCAAGGAGGCGGAUGGGAGUGUGAUCGGUUUAUGGAUGCACUGCUCCAUGCCCCAGAGGCGGAUGAUAUCUACUGCACAAAAAUUGAGGAAGUGCACCUCCCCCCUGGAUCUUGGUCAAAAGGCCAAGUCGUUCUUCUUGGCGAUUCGGCCCAUUGCCAUACAGCAGGUGGCUAUGGAUGCGCCUGGGGCCUUGUGGGCGCUUAUGUGCUGGCGGGCGAGAUUGCUACAGCAUUGAAGAACAAGGAUUUAACAGCUCCAGCGGCUAUCAGGCAAGGAGCAAAGGCGUAUGAAGAAACGUUCCGACCUGUUGCAACUUCCAUGCAUGGAGGCCAUGACUGGGCUGAGGACUUGAUGGCCCCGAAAACGAGUAUCGGGAUCUGGAUCUUGCAUAGGUUUGCGAAGAUGGCAUCCUUUUUCAAUUGGGGCGAAAUGGACGGCUUGGACAAGAAGACGUCUAACUGGAAUCUGCCAGAGUAUCCGGCACUGGAGUAA